AUGGCCUCCGUUUCUGAGCUCGCCUGCAUCUACUCUGCCCUCAUCCUUCACGACGACGAGGUGAUGGUCACGGAGGAUAAGAUCAAUGCCCUCAUUAAAGCAGCUGGUGUCAAUGUUGAACCUUUCUUGCCUGGCCUGUUUGCAAAGGCCUUGGCCAAAGUCAACAUUGGGAGCCUCAUCUGCAACAUAUUGACUGGUGGACCUGCGCCAGCAGGUGGUCCUGCCCCCUCUACUGCUGCUGCCCCAGCUGAGGAGAAGAAAGUAGAAGCAAAGAAAGAAGAAUUUGAGGAGUCUGAUGAUGACAUGGGCUUUGGUCUUUUUGACUAAGCCUCUUGUUAACAUGUCCAAU